UCUACCCUCGCUCACAACCACAAGCCAGACUUUGUUCCAAGCACCAAAGAUCCGAAGAUUUUCGACAUUCCGAAGAUGAAGGCUUCUGGAACCUGCGCGGGUAUGGCCUUGUUGGUCAUGAGACUAGCUGUUUCGGCAGCCGACACCACAGAGACGUGUCAAAAGCUGGUGGUCGACGUGGAGAGCAUAUCCUCGGGCACCCACUCCGGAGAUUUCUAUGAGGUCGGCACGACGUCAGACGGCAGGCCGGUGCUUAAGACCAACGGGGACUACUCCCUUCAGUUCAUCGCGGCAGGCUCCAUGGACGACGAAGACUACCUCACUUACACGGAGCCGGACGCUGAUGCGUCGAACGAGCCCAUGGACGAAGACCUCGAGAUCGAGCUCGUGUCCACUGCUGAAAGCGAGACGUUUCGCCGAUCUCUCACAGCAACAUGCGGCUACUGGGUGAUCGGCAAAAUUGGGGACACCGACGUCGCCAUGUAUCCGAUGCUCAAAGUGGCCGAUUGUGCAACAGACCCCACCGCUAUCGACACAGACUCAGUCUGGUUCCUUCAGGCGACUCAUGAGAGCGAGGAGGACUAUUCCAUUGGAGAGGUGACGAUAGCACUUGAGAACUACGACUGCGACUCCCCGGAUGCGGUUAUCGACGGGGAUAGUGACGAGGAUGAGGACAGCUCUGAAGACGACGAAAAAGAAGAAGUGGAAGACACCUCGGUCAGCGGUGGAAACCAACUCGCCGCGGGCGGCGGGAUGGGUCUGUUCAACGUUUGCCUGAGUGUUGGCAUGGCGAUGCUUGGCCGCGUAUCUACGCUCCCCUGAAGAAGAGGAUGAGAGGGCUGCAUUUCCGGGCGAACUGGAGUUGAUAAGAAUGUGAACCGUUCUCUGUCUGUAUGUAUUUGGUCUUUGUAGAGACCUGUCUGCUGUGAUUAUGUUGUACGUAUUUUCGACAUCGUGGGUAGAUAUUACCGCCAUCGUCAGUAGUCUAAUUGUCGAUUUUCAUUCUGUACAAUAAAUGUGGUGUAUUGCCUUCGUGUUGUUUGACACGCUGCUCGAUGUACAUUGCAUGCUGUGCGCAUGAAGAAUGCAGUGGAAUGUGUGGUGAUGCUUACACAAAAAUCAGAUGUGUCCACUUGAAUUAGUUAGUCCUCUUGGCAAAAGGUCUUGUAGAAUUCGUGCUUGCAUUUGAGUGAACAGUUUCCCCGUCUCGUAGCAACAUGAGUUCCGUUCAAUGUUCCUGAUGUCAACGAUGACGUAGAUUGAGGAACUGAUCAGACAAUUUUCGUUGGAAGGAAUAUGAGAAGAAGCCAAGUUCACGAGACAGAACGACUUGAAAUAUCUUACGGCUUCAGUGUGAUUCAUGGAAACAGCAACAACUGAUAUCCAAUUGUACGACAUGGGUUCUUGAUGAAUCUAUGAUGAAGUGAGGUUGCAUUGUGA